ACAACUACUUAUUUAGCGACGCAUAGAGCUGCACAUUCGGUAACAAGCAUUUUGAAGGAGUAAAACAAGUAGUUUAUUGGGAAGUCUGCUUAAUACAAUCCCCUAGACCGUCAUCAUACGACUAAUGGAUUGUGAUUGUUCGCGCUCUGGUGUGAGAGGGCUUGCAAACUGUGGCCUGUCAUGCUGUGUGAAUGCUUUACUGCAGUCCUUUGCAGUUACUACUGAACUGUUGGAGUUGCUUAACAGAUGGGAGCCAUCUAAUAAAUUUGAUGACCGCAAUGUUCCCCUACAACUCAAAAAAGCAUUUGAAGCUAUGAGCAGGAAGCAGCAGUCUAAUCCUCACCUAGGGUUACUGAACUGCCUUCACCGUUACAACAUUCACCGUUACACGCAGCAUGAUGCUGAUGAAGUGUUUCAUGCCAUUCUUACCCUCAUUCAGGAGCAGGUUGCUGACCCGGACUUGGCUGCAAAGAUAAAGAGUCUUUACAAGAUUACCGUGGAAGGACAAAUAAAGUGUUCAGUCUGUGAAAAUAUUCACAAAGUCCCAACAUUCUUUGUCAGUCUUCCAUUACAUAUCCCUGAGCAUCAAAACACCUUGGAAAACUGCUUCAGUUCUUUCUUCAGGUUCCAAGAUUUAGAACCAGGAGAAGCAAUUUACUGUGAUACAUGUGAACAGAAGACACAGUCAGCUCAGGGUUUUAAGCUUGAUGUACUGCCAUCACUCCUGUGCAUUCAACUGAAGAGGUUCAGAAAUCGACGUGGCUUUAUUGAAAAGCUGAAUACCAAAAUAUGUUUUCCUGAAAUCCUCAAAAUUGCUGAUGUCCUAGCAAAAGAAAAUUGUUCUGCAGAGGUGUUACACGGAAGCUACAGGCUGUACGGAGUCAUAGUUCAUCAUGGAACAGCCUUGUUUGGGCACUACUCAGCAUUCAUUUAUUCCACGGACAAGUGGUAUUAUGUCGACGACAGCUUUGUACAAUGGGUCAACUGGGAGUUUAUUCAAAAAUCAUAUGGAGGGAUACAAGGUGAUACUGCAUAUAUGCUGUUCUACAGAAAAUGCAGCUCGGAGAUGAUGAACCCUCAAGAUUAAUCUGUUCCAAAUUGUUUUUUUGAACAUAUUUAAACAUAUAAACAUUUGAGCUUCAUUUGAACAGUACUUCAAUUGGUUCUAAUUAAAAUGUCUAAAAUUAGAAUCAGGAUUUGAAAAGAUCUCAAAACAAUUACAAAUCAGCCAUUCCACUGUCUGGAAAAUGAAGAACAUUUAAAGUUCAGCCCAAGAGCAGGAAGCAAGAUGCGUCUCCAAUAAUCGUACAAUGUCAUCAUGGGACCUACAGGUAGCUCUUGCCACAGUUAAGGAGUGGGAAAAACUGUCAGAGAUGGUAGAUGGUUAUAGGAAACAUCUAAUUGAGGUUAUUCAGCCAAAGGGGGAAAUACCAGCUAUUAGGACAUAGGGUGUCCUAACUUUUUCCUCACAAUAAAUUUCCAUUUUUGUUCAUUACAUUUUACAGCUUGUGUUCAAAAAGUCAUUUUUUCAGUUUUAUUGGUUUAAUGAUAUAAGCUCCAUCCCUCAAUACUGUUUAAAUGAAGUUUAAAUGUCCAUAUGUUUAUGGUUCUCAUGGGGUGUCCUGACUUUUUUCACAUGACUGUAUGUGUAUAUAUAUACUUUUAUAUGCACUUUUAUAUUUAAGUUAGAAAACGGUGAGGGUGGGAGGAGUCGUAAUUGGUCGUGUCUGAGAGAGAGAGCUUAUAGUCCGGAUUUAGCUCCAUCUGAUUUUCACCUUUUUGGACCACUCAGACAAGCUUUAAGGGGAAGAAGAUUUUCAUUUAUCUACAUAUCACAAUAUAUAAAACCAAGGCUGGAAGGUGUAUUAUUAUUAAAUAUUGUUUCUAAAAGCUGAAAUUGGUCACUUAACUAUAAUAUACUAUUUAGUUUAUUUUGUAUACAAGGGUGUAAGGUAUUGCCCUGUAGCUCUGUAUUUCAUGUGGUAAGCUUUGUAGUCUUGUAAGCUGAGACAAAUAAAUUGUUAAUUAAAUCAAAAUCAGAACUCUGGUUUAAAAGCAAAAAGCCAUUUGGAGCAGUCAGUUUGGCCAUUGCAGUUCCAUGCAGUUAAAAUGUAUCAUGAAUUCAUUAAUAGUAAGAUGUCAAUUUUGAGACUACAUACCUAGGGGGUAACACAUCCAUGAGGGCUUUCUCAAGAUAUUAGCCCCCCAAGCAUUGCGCCUUUGUCUAUGGUUGGGUGGGACAGUUCAGGUUCUAGGGGUUGAAACCAGGUGCAGCAAGAUUAGCCAACAUAUUGCCUCUAAUGUUUUAAUAGAGGCAAGACACCUUUGUUAGACACCUCAAGCUCAAACAUGAAAUUUAAAGUUGUAACGUUUUUUCAAUAAAUUAGGUUAAGGUGUUUUAGGAAGAUUAAAAAGAUGAAUGCACAAUGUAACAUUUUGUUUUGAAUACUUGCUUUAGAACAAAGCAUUUAAGGUUCUUAAAAAUAUUGUAUAUAAAUGUAAAAAUAUUAAUGGGCUCGUACUGUUUGGUGUAUGUAGCAGUAUUUGCUUUAGAAGUAAAUUCUGAUGGAUGUAUUAUCUGUGUUGUAAGGAUACAGAAUAAAGUACAUCACAUUUAAUUUCCUGAUGAAUAAAAAAAUAAAAUGAGAAAAU